GGAAGGGAGGAGGUACAGCCGCAGCCGAGACCGAGGCCGAGCCGGAGCUGACGAGACUUGACUGGGGCCCAGAGCAAGGCUCCAGUCCAGCUCAGACCAUCGGGCCCCUGAGUAGAUGGAAGAGGCCGAGCCCUGAGAUCAACGCCAGCCGGGUCAGCUUGGCGCGGGGCCCACAGGCAGGCAGGACGGCAGGCAGACGUGCUGAAGCCUCCCAGGGCCGUCCCUCAGGUCCCCGGCGAGGGGCUUAGGCCCCGGGCCCGCGACCAGGCCCAGCUCGGCCCUUUGGGACCGGAGCCGACGCAGCCAGAAGUGGAAUCUUCACCGGUGCCAUAGGCCAGUGACUAGGCCGAGCCCGGGCCUCCCGUCGGGGCCGGACUGGGACGAGGCCCCGGGGAGGCCCCUGACACACUACACUCUUCCCUCAGGCCGACGCCCUUCGGGAAGAUGCAGCGCGCCCUACCGGGCGCCCGCCAACAUUUGGGGGCCAUCCUGGCCAGCGCCAGCGUGGUGGUAAAGACCCUGUGCGCGGCAGUACUCUUUCUCUACCUGCUGUCCUUCGCCGUGGAUACCAGCUGCCUGGCGGUCACCCCAGGCUACCUCUUUCCGCCCAAUUUCUGGAUCUGGACCCUGGCCACCCACGGGCUGAUGGAACAGCACUUGUGGGAUGUGGCCAUCAGCCUGGCCACAGUGGUGGUGGCUGGACGUUUGCUGGAGCCCCUCUGGGGAGCUCUGGAGCUGCUCAUCUUCUUCUCAGUGGUGAAUGUGUCUGUGGGGCUGCUGGGGGCCUUCGCCUACCUCCUCACCUACAUGGCUUCCUUCAACUUGGUCUACCUUUUCACUAUCCGCAUCCACGGAGCCCUGGGCUUCCUGGGUGGUGUCCUGGUGGCACUCAAGCAAACCAUGGGGGAUUGCGUGGUCCUGCGUGUGCCCCAGGUGCGCGUCAGCGUGGUGCCCAUGCUGCUGUUGGGGCUGCUGCUGCUGUUGCGGCUGGCCACGCUGCUCCAGAGCCCAGCACUGGCAUCCUAUGGCUUUGGGCUUCUCUCCAGUUGGGUGUAUCUUCGCUUCUACCAGCGCCAUAGCCGAGGCCGAGGGGACAUGGCUGACCACUUUGCUUUUGCCACCUUCUUCCCUGAGAUCCUACAGCCUGUGGUGGGGCUCUUGGCGAACUUGGUUCACAGCCUCCUGGUGAAGGUAAAGAUAUGCCAGAAGACAGUGAAGCGCUAUGAUGUAGGUGCCCCAUCUUCCAUCACCAUCAGCCUCCCAGGCACAGACCCUCAGGAUGCAGAGCGGAGAAGGCAAUUGGCCCUAAAGGCCCUCAAUGAGCGGCUGAAGAGAGUGGAGGACCAGUCCGUCUGGCCAAGCAUGGACGACGAUGAAGAGGAGGCAGGGGACAAGGUGGAUAGCCCCAUACCCUCUGACAAAGCCCCCAUGCUCCCAGGAAAGGGGGCUGCCCCAGAAUCCAGCCUGAUCACCUUCGAGGCAGCUCCCCCGAAGCUGUAACUCCAGAGCACCUUGAGUGUAGCAUCUCCUCUCCCAAGCUCCCCCUUGACAACUCUCAGCUACUCCAGGGCACUGACUGCUCUGAGGAGAGGGAAGAAGGCCUGCUGGGGGUCUCCACAGCCUUCUGCUAUUUCUCGCCAACACUACCCAGGACUCUUGCUACUUGGUUCCAACUCCAGACAACCACUAUGCCAGGUAUGGGGCCUCUGAACCAUCAGCCAGCCCAGGCCCUCUGAGGUAAGACUGUACCUCAGCAGAUAGCCCCAAGCAAGUGGCUACAGGGACACUGGUGUCACAGUGCCUGGGCCAACCCAGGUUGCCUGGUUGCCAAGAGCCCUGAGCCAAGGCAAGGAUUUGCCAAAAACGUUCUGGGGGUCCAGCCAGUGCCGGACUGCAAUUCCCUGCCCACCCUCAGAAAGACUAUGUUCGUGUGAAGAUUUCUGAUUCCCUCUGCUGUGGCUGUGGCUUGUUCUGGGCCAGAAGAGCCACAGCUCCCAAGUAUUUUUUACAGGACCACUUGAGUGGGCAGCCAGGCCCAGCCUUGCAGUAUCAAUAAAGCAGUUCUUUGA